AUGACCAACGCGUCCGCGUCGACGUCAAUGCCGCGCUCCCCUGAGACGCCUGCGUCCUACGAACCGCAAUCCAACCCAGCGCACCCGCACAUCCACUCAUUCACCUCAACUCUCGACGUCUCCAUCAUGUCCGCCUUCAGCUCCGUCCGUCCCACCCUCCGUCUAGCGAGUGCCGCCCGCUCCGCCCGCCCCUUCAGCUCCUCCGCUGCCCGCUCCGUCGCUCGCAUGAUCAUCACCGGUCGUCUGGGCGCCGAACCCGAGCUCCAGGCCACCUCCACCGGCCAGGAUAUCAUCAAGUACUCCGUCGGCACAACCACCGGCUCCCGCGACAAGCAGCAGACGAGCUGGUUCCGCAUUGCUAGCUUCUUGCCCGAGGGUCCGCAGCGGGAUUACAUUCUGAGCUUGCCCAAGGGUACCCUCGUCUACCUGGAAGGCGACGCAAGCAUCCGCAGCUAUGAAGACCAGGAAGGCCGCAAGCAGACUUCCCUCAACAUUGUGCAGCGCCACCUCGACGUUCUGAAGCGCGGCAACUCCGAGAGCGAGUCUCAAUAA